AUUAUGGAAUGGUGGCUUCCACACAAACUUCCGGUAGGGUAGGGUGUGAGCCUGAGGCGAGGACUAUCAGUCAUCAAAAAGCUAACAUAAACUUUUGUUUUUCAUUCCUCGUUUCAUAGCGAAAAAAAAUGUCCAAGUCUCUGAAGAAGAUAGUGGAGGAGAGUCGGGACAAGAACCUGCCAGAGGUGGAGAUGUGCGACCGGGGCAUUUCCAACAUGCUGGACAUUCCGGGACUAUUCACCCUGUCUAACAUCACUCAACUGGUGCUCAGCCACAACAAGCUCUCAGCGGUGCCUGCUAACAUCUCGGAGCUGAAGAAUGUGGAGGUCCUAAACAUGUUCAACAACCAGAUUGAAGAGCUGCCUACUCAGCUCAGCAGCCUACAGAAGCUUAAACACCUCAACCUUGGUAUGAACCGCCUGAGCAGCUUGCCCAGAGGAUUUGGUUCGUUGCCAGCUCUAGAGGUGUUAGACCUCACCUACAACAACCUGAACCAGAGCUCCCUGCCUGGAAACUUCUUCUACCUAACAACUCUCCGUGCUCUCUAUCUGAGUGACAAUGACUUUGAGAUCCUGCCUGCUGACAUCGGGAAGCUGACAAAGCUGCAAAUAUUGAGUCUGAGGGAUAACGAUCUGAUCUCAUUGCCUAAGGAGAUAGGAGAGUUGGCUCACCUCAAAGAGCUUCACAUCCAGGGCAACAGACUGACUGUGCUGCCCCCUGAACUUGGCAAUCUGGAUCUGACUGGUCCUAAGCAGGUGUUUAAAGCAGAGAAUAAUCCGUGGGUCACUCCCAUUGCAGACCAGUUCCAGCUGGGUGUCUCCCAUGUUUUUGAAUAUGUUCGCUCAGAGACCUAUAAGUAUCUCUAUGGCAGACACAUGCAGGCCAACCCAGAACCUCCAAAGAAGAGCAAUGAUAAGAGCAAGAAGAUCAGCCGCAAACCGUUGGCUGCAAAGAACAAAUGAAGAGAAGACUGAGGAUAGAGAUGAAAACUCACUCGGCCAGCCAAACUCACUGCAUGUGCCUUUUUUCUUUGUUUUUCUUUUAUUCACAUUUUAUUUCACAGAAAUGUAUCAAUUACGUUCCUAAAUAGUACAGUUGAAUUCUUGUACCAUUGUUUUUACAUGCCUUUUUUCCCCUCCAACUCUUUUGAUGGUAAAUGGACUUGCUAACGAAGUGCUUUUCUAGUCUACCGACCACUCAAAGCGCCCAACAACACUUGUCACGAUCCUCCUCUCAUUCACACAUUCAUAUACUGAUGGCAGAGGCUGCCAUGCAAGGUGCCGACCUGCUGAUCUGUGUUACAGUGCUUCCUGAGCAAAGCACCCCACAAUAUUUCUAUGCACAGCCAUUCAAACACAGUCACAUACCUAUGGAAUAGCCACUGGGAGCAAUGUGUGGUUAAAUAUCUCUCCCUGAGUGCUUCAGCAUGCAGCUGGAGCUAGGGCCCUUCCAGCAGCCUUCUGAUAAGUGGAUGACCCGCUCUACCACCUGAGCCACAGAAGCCUAAGCUGCCACUCAUGUAUUGAAGGAAAAUUAAAAAUUGAUUUAAAUGUCGUUGUUAGAAAACCCUGGCAGUCACUUUAUGCUGGUGGAAUCAGGACGUCUUAGAAGGUGACACUGCCAAAGUUCUGGGAUGACAAAGACAAACACUAAAAACAGGUGAGCCAGUUUUCUCUAGAAAGGAAUCUUCUCCAUGGAUGUAAAGGUAUUCAACCCUCUAAUAACAAGAGAUGUCCUAACAUAAUUCAGAGUAUUUCAUUUAGAGUAAUUUAUGUUCAACAAGCACGUGGAAAACAGUUGUAGUUCUUUUAGAUAUUUUAACAUAUUUUUGCAGAACUUUUUUUUUUAAAUACUACACUACCCAAUGCUUUCUUCUGUCUGUAUUUUCUGAAUAGUGUAUACCCCCUGUUUCCUAUCCCUCUCUCCCACUGGCUGGACAGUGGGGGCAGACAGGACUGUGUUGUUAUCCAAUGUCAAACAAAACUGAGUCUUUUUGAGCAAAUAUUUUGAAUACAGUUUUCUCUGAGUGAAGAAGCAGGCCCACUGAAUCAUUAAUUGUCACUGAUAACUGGCCUUAUCUCUGAGAGCAAUCUCAGUUCAGUUGUUCUUGUGUUUCAGCUUUACUGUACCCUCAAUUCCACAUUCUCUAUAUUAUGUUAUUUUUUUUAGUAGGUUUACUAAGUGUCCAUUGCAUUUCAUUGGAUGUACUCAAUUUUUGAAAUUCAUGCUUUAGUUCAUGCUUUUGUCAGAGGCUCUCUGUAUUGAACCUUUCAAAUAAAACAGUCUCCAAACAGUU